AUGGAGUCCAACAACCCCGCCAGCGCUAAUGCGUCGGCGUCACCAGGCUCGUACGUCGCCAACGUGAUGUCAGACAUCGAGAACCUGAACCGUUUCGCCGGGGCAUCUCUGGUUAACGACCGCAAAACAAUGAUCGAGUGUUUCAACGGUUUUUCGUGGCGUGAUGCGCGUGUGAUGUCGCACAUGGAACGUUACUGUGCCGCUGACCAUGCCGAGAGGCAGCUGAUCGAUGACGUCUACCGCGUGCUGUGCCCGUCGUUUGACCGCGUACAGGGCCCGUCGUUCGCUGCUAUGAGUUUGUGGCUGAAGGCGCGUCUGCAUUUGCAACAUCAGACGACCCCGUUCAGUCCGGUGCGGCAUUAG